AUGCGCAAGUCGGCUGAUGGCGGUGAUGGGGGAGGCGGAGCCUUUUCUCCGACAGUCUAUUUAAACUCUGCAGCUGACAGGGUGCCGCUUCCAGAGCCCUGGUGGACUGCCAUGUGGGAAUGUGGGUCGGGUGCCGCUGCCAUCCUGGACAUGCCACUGGCCAACUUAACAGCAGCCGUGGACUUCGUGUCCUAUUUCUUGGAGGUCCCGGACAACAGUAUAAAGACCAGUAAAUACAACAUCCUUACCUUCAUCCCUCUCAACCUAUUUGAGCAGUUCCACAGAGUGGCAAAUCUCUACUUCCUGUUUAUAAUAGUGUUACAGACUAUUCCUGCUAUUUCAACUUUACCAUGGUUUGCCAUAAUGUUACCCUUGCUCUUUCUGCUAAUCAUACGAGGAAUUAAAGACCUUAUUGAUGAUUUGGCCCGACACAAAAGUGACAAAGACAUAAACAACCGACCAUGUGAGAUCCUUAAAGGAGAAAGUUUCUUCUGGGAGAAAUGGAAGGACAUUCAGGUUGGAGAUAUUAUUCGGCUGCAUAAGGAUGAUUUUGUGCCAGUAACGAAAGGGUUAAGCCAAGGAGGGGGGCGGAGCGGCAUGAUGUCAGCGGACAGUGGGCGGAGUCACCCUCCGGGUCUGAAAUGCCAGAGAGGUAAAAUCAUCUGUGAAGAGGCCAACAGCAACAUGCAUUCCUUUACAGGAACAAUGGAGUGGAAUGGAGAGAAGUAUUCUUUGGAUAAUGACUGUAUUCUUUUAAGGGGCUGUAAAAUACGGAAUACUAAAUAUUGCUUUGGAUUAGUCAUUUAUGCAGGGGUUGACACUAAAAUCAUGAAGAACUGUGGAAAGGUUAACAUAAAGCAGACAAAAUUGGACCUCAUGAUGAAUAAUCUUGUGGCCACUGUAUUUGUGGUUUUAAUUAUAUGCUCCCUGUCACUAGCCAUUGCAUCAGGAUUCUGGACUAAAUGGUUCCAAGAAAAGCACAGUUAUAUACCACCUCUACCUUCCAAUGAAACACCGGCUUACAGUGCAUUCCUUGUCUUCUGGGGUUAUACCAUACUGAUGAGCACGAUUGUGCCAUUGUCAAUGUAUAUCACAUUGGAAUUCAUCCAUCUAGUCCACAGCAUGUACAUUGAUUGGGAUGUGGAUAUGUAUUUUGAGCGGAACAACACUCCAGCCAAAUCCAGGUCUACUAGCCUAAAUGACUUGCUUGGUCAAAUAGAAUAUGUUUUCACUGACAAGACGGGAACACUGACAGAGAACAUCAUGACGUUCAAAAAAUGUUGCACGAAUGGAAACGUUUAUGGGACCAGUUCACACAAUGAGAAGAGUCUACAGGCAGUGAGCUUCAAGUGGAAUAAAUAUGCCGAUACUAAGUACAGUUUCUACGAUCAGUCAUUAAUUGAUAAAGUUUGCCAGAACAAGGAUGACAUCCUAAAGGAAUUUUUUCGACUGCUAUCAAUUUGCCACACGGUCAUGGUGGAUAGGAAUGGAGAUGACUUGCUUUAUAAGGCAGCAAGUCCUGAUGAAGAAGCCUUAGUCACAGCAGCGAGGAACUUUGGUUAUGUUUUUAUGUCCCGGACACAAGACACUAUCACUACAAAUGAACUUGGGGUAGAAAAAAUCUACCAAGUCUUGGCUCUUCUUGACUUUAAUAGUGUCCGUAAGAGGAUGUCUAUAUUAGUUAAAGAUCCAGAAGGAAAGAUUAAACUUUACACUAAGGGAGCAGAUGAUGUUAUUCUAAAGCGCCUUCAUCGUCAUUGUGAGAACCAGGACAUAACUGUAAAAGCUUUGGAGAUGUUCGGUGAGGAGACUUUGAGAACUUUGUGUAUUGCGUUCAAAGAGGUAGAUGCUUCUGUGUAUGCAGAGUGGAGUGCAAAACACCAUCAGGCCAGUGUUGCCCUACAGAAUCGAUCACAGUUGAUGGAAUUGGUUUAUGACGAAAUGGAAAGUAACCUGCAGUUACUUGGUGCAACUGCAAUUGAAGAUAAGUUACAAGACAGUGUCCCAGAAACAAUACAACUACUGAAAAAUGCUAAUAUGAAAGUAUGGAUGCUGACUGGAGACAAGCAAGAAACUGCAAUCAAUAUUGGCUUCUCGUGCCAAUUGCUCUCGGAUGACAUGAAUAUCUUGGAUGAAAAACAGAUCUGUGAUAUCCUAGAUGACUGCUGGGAGAACAACAAUUUUUCAGGGAGUGGGCAAAAUCUUUUGGAUAGCAGCAUAUUCAAGAAACACAGAGAACAUAUAGGGCAGAAGGUAGCACUCGUGAUCAGUGGAGACUUCCUGGGACGGAUUUUAACACCUAACAAAAGUAAAAAGCGCAAGUGGCAACUUUUCCAAAAACUAGCGGAACGCUGCAGUCAGAAAAAAGUGAUUCCUAGUGAACUGGAAGAGAAUAUGAGAGAAUAUUCAUUUAUAGACCUAGCUUCUCAGUGCCAAGCUGUCAUAUGCUGCAGAGUGACACCAAAGCAAAAAGCUAUGAUUGUACAGCUCGUGAAAAAACACAAGAAAGUCAUCACUCUUGCUAUUGGAGAUGGGGCAAAUGAUGUAAAUAUGAUUAAGAGUGCUCAUAUUGGGGUUGGUAUCAGUGGUUUGGAAGGCACACAAGCUGUCCAGUCCAGUGACUAUGCUUUGGCUCAGUUUUCUUAUCUUCAGCGCCUUCUACUUAUUCAUGGACGUUGGUCUUACCUUCGUAUUGCAAAGUUUCUGCGAUAUUUCUUCUACAAGACAUCAGCCAGUGUUUUCUGCCAUGUGCUAUAUGCAUAUUUCAAUGGAUUUACAGCUCUGGUGUCUGGUUUGGUGAUUCAGAAAGCACUGAAGCCAGGUAGCUAUAAUUUUUUGAAGGAGACAGUGUUUGACAGCUGGUUCAUAGCCUUCUAUUCUGUACUUCUCACUUCUUUUCCAGCAUUGUCCAUGGGACUGUUUGAACAGAAUUCCAAAAACACAUCUGUACAGCCGCCGGAUCGUUUGUACCAUGCGGCGGCCUCCCCAGCCACGGCCGCCGCCGGCAUUCCGGGCACCGCUGUCCCUGUGCGGCACCCGGGAGCGACGCGGCGGGUCUCCCCACAACGAUCGGAGAGAAAGUCAGCGGCUUCCAGCUGCUGA